UAUCUUCACCACCACCAGCUACCCUUCAAAAGGCCGCUCACAUUCCUUUCCUCCCCCCACCGCCGCCGUUUCCAACUACGCGCUCUAGAAGCUGCUUCUGUCACUCCUUACUACUACCAUCGAUCAAUCAUAUUCACAUUCUAGCUUGGUUCUAGCAGUCAUUCAUUCCUUUAAAAUCUGAAAUUCGAUUCUCCAAAAGGCCCAAUUUCAAAACCUCGUUUUUGAUACUACUACCACUACCUUCCCCCUAACAAAACAAACCAAAACAAAACACACCAACAUCCACCACCACAACCAUGCUCGCCACAACCCUCACCACCGCCCUCGCCCUCUACACAUCCCUCACAACCGCCCACCCCCUCGCCCCCCGCACAAAAGACCUCUGGCACCCCACCCCGGGCACAACCUGGCAAAUCAUCCUCUCCGACAUCAUCGCCAUCCCGACCUCCCCCUCCACCCCGCUCACCCCCGACGUAGACGUCUACGACGUCGACAUGUUCGGCACCUCGGCCGCCACCAUCGCCGCCCUGCACGCCCGCGGCAAAAAGGUCGUCUGCUACUUCAGCGCCGGCUCCUACGAGCCCGGCCGCCCGGACUCGGACCAGUUUGCGGACGGGGAUCUGGGCGCCGUCAUGGAUGGGUGGCCGGAUGAGCGGUGGGUGGACGUGCGGAGCGGGAAUGUGGUGCGGAUUAUGGAGGCGCGGGUGCGGGUGGCGGCGGAGAAGGGGUGUGAUGCCGUGGAUCCGGAUAAUUUGGAUGGCUAUGUAUGGCUUCUUUCUUCCUUUCUUCUUCCUUUUUCUUUCAUCUUCUUCAACUGUUUUUUUGGGUUUUUGCCUGGAAAGCUUCCCGCUUUCAUCAUCAUCGAAAACCCCUGCUGACAUGCGUUACAGGCAAACGACUGCGGCCUGCAAAUCACAUCCGCCGACGCAUCAGCCUACCUGCAGACCCUCGCCGCCCACGCCGCCAGCCUCGGC